GAGAGAGAGAGAGAGAAGAAAAAGAAGAGAAAAAAGGAUGAACGAACCAGCAGACCCUAUCCCAUCCGGCAUCCUCGCCACAGCCAAACAAUCCUGGGGCGACCUCUUCCGCUGGAAACAGCGCGUCUCAGUCGUAAACGCCCACGGCGAGACCCGCGCAGAAUGGGUCUCUCCCGACCCCAUCCAGAACCCCAUCAGCCUGCUGUGGCAGCUCUCCCUGCGCGACUGGAUCUUCUUCAUCGUGGGUUUCUGCGCCUGGACCGCCGACGCCUUCGAUUUCCACGCCCUCUCUAUCCAGACUGUCAAGCUGGCCAAGUACUAUGAUCGGACCAAGACGGAUAUCUCCACUGCGAUCACGCUUACCCUGCUGCUGCGGAGUGUGGGGGCUGCGGCUUUUGGGCUCGCGGGUGACAGGUUUGGCAGGAAGUGGCCGAUGGUGAUUAAUAUGAUUGUUUUGGGGGUGCUGCAGAUUGCGACGAUUUAUAGUCGGACGUUUUCGCAGUUUUUGGCUGUGAGGAGUCUGUUUGGGUUGUUUAUGGGUGGUGUUUAUGGAAAUGCCAUUGCUAUGGCGCUGGAGCACUGUCCUGCCAAUGCAAGAGGCCUCAUGUCGGGUAUCCUCCAGCAGGGUUACUCCCUCGGAUACGUCCUCGCAGCAUGUGCCAACCUCGGAGUUGGCGGCGCCGUGGAAACAUGGAAGACGGUCUUCUGGAUUGCCGCCGGCCUCUCCAUCGGCGUGGGUGUCAUCCGCAUUUUCUUCCCCGAAUCGCAACAGUUCAUCGACGCCAAGAGAUCAGGUCACCAGGCCACCGACGCAGGUGCCUUCUGGCGUGAAACGAAGGCCAUCCUGGCGCAGGAGUGGAAGAUGUGCAUUUACUGCGUUAUCCUCAUGACAUGGUUCAACUACUACUCCCACACCUCCCAAGACUCCUACACAACUUUCAUGCUCACGCAAAAAGGCCUCGAGAACACCGGUGCCUCGCGCGCCUCCAUCCUCAUGAAGACAGGCGCCUGCGUCGGCGGCACCAUCAUCGGCUACCUGUCGCAGUUUUUCGGCCGCCGGCGCGCGAUCAUCGUGUCGGCUUUUCUGUCGGGCUGUUUGAUUCCCGCGUGGAUCCUCCCGCAGGGAGAGCGCUCGCUCAGCGCGAGUGGGUUCUUUUUGCAGUUUUUCGUGCAGGGUGCUUGGGGCGUCAUUCCCAUUCACUUGAAUGAGUUGUCGCCGCCGGCGUUUCGGUCGUCUUUUCCUGGAAUCACCUACCAAGUCGGCAACAUGAUCUCGUCCCCCUCAGCGCAGAUCGUCAACGCCAUUGCCGAGUCGACGUGGGUGAAGGGCGUUACAGGCGAGCCUGCACCGGCGUAUGGUCCCACGAUGGGGAUUGCCACGGCUAUCAUUGCCAUCGGAAUUAUGGUGACGACUGCGUUUGGGCCUGAGAAGCGCGGAAGGCGGUUUGAGACUGCUGUGUUGGGCGUGCAAGAUGAAAUUACGGCUAAAGCGACUGCUUUGGAGGAUGGGUUGGAGAAGCCCGUUGAGGGGAGGAGUGUGGAGGUGGAAGAUGCUAGUAAGGGCGGGUUGGAGAAGGAGGUUAAGGUGUAAUUUCCUUUUUUUUUUUAUUGACUAGGGGUUUGUGGCUGGGGGAUGAUGAUGAUCAUGAUGAUAGUGAAGUAUGUGAUGCUUCUAUUUAC